AUGGACCCUGGGGAGACCGCAGCGAAUGGCGGGUGGCUAGGCGCGCCGAAUUCAACCAAGCCAUACUCUUGCGUGGUCUGUCACAACCGCAAAGUCAAGUGCGAUCGAAAUGAGCCAUGCUCGAAUUGUGCAAAGUCUAAGGCUGAGUGCAUCUAUCGACCUCCUCCGCCGCCCCGUCGUCGGAAACGGGAGCGUGACGCGGGUGGAAGCGCGUCUCAGGAACGCGACAAGCCGCGGAAAAUGAGUGACGGAGAGAACUUCUUGAACGAUGUCGUGGACUCCCAUUUGCCUACCAGGCCGCGCUCAAAUGGCUCCGAAUUUCACAAAGCUGGGACAGGGAGGAUGAUCGAAAAGGAUGGCAGAUCAGUCUAUCUCGACAACACGUUUUGGACAAGCGUCAGUUAUGAGCUUCCAGAUGCGGCAGAUGUCCUGGGGAAUGGCUCAGAUGGGGACGACAAUUUGUCCCAAGAUGGCAACGAGGAAUCCAUUGAUCUCUUCAAUUCUGACACCAGACAGAGUCUCACAGGAAUGCAUCCAAACCAGUUGCAUAUUUUCAAGCUAUGGCAAACCUUCCUCGAAAAUGUCAACCCUCUGACGAAAAUCCUGCAUGCUCCCACAGUCCAACAACAGAUUUUAGAUGCCAUGAGUGAUUUGUCAAGUAUUAGCACGGAGCUUGAAGCCUUGAUGUUCUCAAUUUACUGCAUUUCACUGGUUUCCCUCCCAGCUGCGGAUGUCGAAAAAUCUUUUGGCGAAAGCAAGAAGAAGCUCUUGCCGAGAUGUCGACGAGGAGUUCAACUGGCCUUCCGGAAUGCUUCCUUCUUGCGGACCUCGAGCGUGAUGGUACUCCAAGCUUUCAUGUUAUAUCUGUUGUCUAUGCGAGCCUUCUCUGACCCGCAAACAAUCUGGACUCUGGCCGGAAUUGCAUUACGAAUUGCGCAGCGCAUUGGAAUUCAUCGAGAUGGAUCUGGAUAUGGCCUCUCAAUAUUUGAGACUGAGAUACGUCGUCGAAUAUGGUUUCAAUUGAUCAUCCUAGAUGCCACAUCUGCUCAAUUCUGUGGGGUUGCUUCUACCCCCAUGCUGGUGAACGCAAAUACCCAGCCACCAAUGAACGCCAACGAUAGUGAUCUUGACCCACGAAUGAGAGAACCAGCAUGCGAGAAAGAAGGUCCAUCUGAGAUGAUAUUCUGCCUUGCUCGCAGUGAAUUCGGCAAAUGGCUGCGACGCUGGAGCAAAGACGCCCGCGGAUCUAAUUCGCCAUGGGCUUUUCUUUCUUCAUCAUCAAUGUCACUGAGAGAAAAGGAUAACGCCAUCGACGAAUUGGAGGAUUCAAUGGAGCAGAAGUAUCUCCGAUACUGUGACAAAUCUAUUCCUCUUCAUUUAGCCGCCACAUUGAUGGCACGAUCGGCCAUAUACUUCACCAGAUUGAUCGCACACCAUCCUCGUCAAUAUCAGGACCCAAACACUCGCAUCCCAGAAGCAGAGAAGAACACUAUCUUUGAUCAUUGCCUGAAAAUGGCAGAGUAUGCAAAUUACGCUCAGACAAAUCCUGACGUGCAGAGGUUCUCGUGGCACAUGGUGAACUACAUGCCCUGGGAUGCCAUGAUCUUCAUGCUUUCGGAGAUGCGAAACCGGGCUGAUCCGGAGGAGAAAAACAAAGUUUGGCAGCUCAUUGGAAAUAUAUACUCGCGCCAUGUGAAACAGAUGCACAAACAUGCUCGGUUGCCUCUGCACACAGCCAUGCAAAACCUAAUUGCUAAAGCAUGGCGGGUGUACAUCGAGGAAUGUAACCUCCACCAGCGAACCCCAACGCCAUGUCCGACGAUUGUCGCCAAGCUGUGUGAAGAUUUCAAAGGUUCCACAGACUCACGACCAGCAGAGCAAAACCCUGUGAUGAUCGAGCAAGGUGUCCUCUUCCAACAUCAGGCUGGCACCUCACAUGCGGACUUCAGCGUGGAGGCCGUAAAUUCAGAUUUUCUGCUCACUGAUAGCCCUAUGGACUGGAAUGAGUGGGACAAUCUCCUGAACCAGUUCCAGGAAUCACUCGUAGAUGAUAUGACCUUCCUGCCCAGAUCUGGACCCUAA